AUGAAGGAAGAGUCGACCGGGUGCCAAGGCCAGCUGCCUGGGGCAUGGUUCUACGAGAUGGGUGAUGACGCCUCCGCUUCACCCACCUUCGAUCUGGAGGAGAUGGGUCCUUUUCGGGGCAUUCUCAGCUCAAGGAAUUGCUCGGAGAGCGUCGAGGUACCCAGCAGUGAGCAUGUGGCCGAAAUCGUCGGCAGACAAGAGGAUCGCUGGCGUGUGCGAUCGAAUGUCUCGUAUGACAUUAGGAAUAAAUAUUUACGCGGACAGAUGGUGGGAAAUAGUAUUUGCGAUGUAGAUGAGGCUGGCGGAGGCAUGGGAUUACGCUAUGUGACUGACCACCCGUUGACCAUAUCGAUCACUGUUGGUGGUCUGAUAUUCAUCCAUAUAUAG